AUGACAAGCAUUACUUUGAAGGCCGACCUGGCGGCUAAAUAUGUGGUACAGAACGAGCUUCUGAUGCAGCUUCUUGGUGGGGGUGUUUCCGAAGUUGACGGGGUGAGUCUUGGGGAUGUUUACGGACAGGACGCGGUGGAGGUUUUACAAAAGUGGAAAGAGAGAUUGGAAUCACCGGCCACGAUACCCACAUCCAACGAGGUGGACAGCGAGCUUGCUGAUUUGGACGCGAAAAUCAAGCAGCUGGAACAGGAAUUUCUGAACCCGUCCAACGAACAGCUGCGACAGCAAAACAACACCCUGCUGGAGGAGUACUGCGCGAAAUACAACAAGGUUGUGUACGAGAUCAAGGAGGACGAGGACCUUGAUGCCGGGAUGGAGGACAACGACGAGGCCGGUCCGGGAAAUAAGGGGUACUGUCUUGUGGAUGACAAUAUGCAGGAGUUUUACGUGAAUUUUGAAGGGCCCAAGGACUCGCCAUACGAGGGCGGGUUGUGGCGGAUCCACGUGGAAUUGCCGGACCAGUAUCCGUACAAGUCGCCGUCGAUUGGGUUCCAGAACAAGAUAUUCCACCCCAACAUUGACGAGAGCAGUGGGUCAGUUUGUCUGGACGUGAUCAACCAGACCUGGUCGCCGAUGUUCGAGGUGUACAACAUUUUUGAGUCAUUUCUGCCGCAGCUGUUGAACUAUCCAAAUGCGGCGGAUCCAUUGAAUGGUGAUGCCAGCUCGUUGUACAUGAGAGAUAAGAACCUCUAUUUGGAGAAGGUGAAGAUGUACGUCAAGAACUACGCAGACCCGGCCCUGAUCCGCAACGGAGGAGGCGAGCAGGAACAGGAGGACUCAGAAGACUCCAGCGAUGCCGACCUCAGCAGCGUGGACGAAAUGGUGGGGGAAAUGGAUUUGUGA